GGGAAAAGGCACCGGCGGCGGCGGCAGCGUCCGCCUCUUUCGUGGGAGAGAAGCGGAGGAGGCAGGCGGAUCGAUCGGGGCAGAAUUUGUUCCGAAGUGAGCUGCUCCGGGAGGACGCGCCGGCCCGGGGAGCCAGGUAAAGAAGAUGUGAAGCAAAUCCCAUGUCCUCAGACACCGAAGAAUGCUUGGCGAGCACCGUCUUCUCCAGCCAUCUGUUGAGCCAAGAGAUGUUCAUUGUGGCUAUCCGUUCAUUUCAUAUAGGAUGGAUGGCUUUGUUGCCUUCUAGGGAAUGAAAACGAGCUGGACCAGAUCUUCAGAGAUGGCCGCAUGACCUACAUAUUUAUCUUUUAUCAAGAGGUGACGCUCCCCCAAAGAAGGCCGGCUUUUCACAGCUUGCAAACAGGUAUUUAAACCUUCUACUCUGUCUCUCUCUUGCUCAUUAGAGGCUGGUGGCUCAGCCGUGGACUAACUUGAGAGUCCAUCUCUAAACUGUGAGUUCCUGUUCUGGGUGAUUUCGGGACUACAAUGGAAGAGAAUGUAUUCAGUGUCCAACAGAUUCAGCCGAAUGUAAUCUCAGUGAGGCUCUUCAAGCGGAAAGUGGGCGGCCUUGGGUUCCUGGUGAAGGAACGCGUCAACAAGCCACCCGUGAUCAUCUCUGACUUGAUCCGAGGAGGGGCAGCAGAACAAAGUGGCCUUAUUCAGACGGGUGAUAUUAUCCUCGCGGUCAAUGGGAAGCCCCUGGUUGAUAUGAACUAUGACGCAGCCUUAGAAAUCCUUAGAAGCAUCGCUUCGGAAACUUACGUUGUUCUCAUCUUAAGAGGCCCAGAGGGUUUCACCACUCACCUAGAGACAACCUUUGCUGGAGACGGGACGCCAAAGACCAUUCGAGUCACCAGACCUCUGUGUGGGACGCCAACAGUAGGUGAUCAGGCCUCUGCUCCCAGCAUCCGCACCAAAGACAAACCGCAGGGGGAAGAACAGAGCAUGGGGGGCUCCGUCAGCUCCCGGUGUGCCCGGGAGAAUGGGCAAGGGGGAGAAAACCUGGUGCACAUCAACGGCAUGGUAGCCAGCAACGUGGCCAAGGACACCAUGAAAGGAAACCAAGAUAUUCCUGACCAUUGCCUGAAUGGCAGCCUGGAGAACAGUGAACUGCUCAAGGAGAUUGAACCCGUUCUGGAUCUUCUGAAGGGCGACAGCAAGGAACUCAAUGGCAACGCUGAAGCCAAGAUGGCCAUGAAAGAUGUUGAAGUCCAGGUGGACAGUUUCUGCGAAACGGACCGGAAGUCACCAAGGACAUUGCCCACACAGCUGGAGAACGUCAGCGACCAGUGCGGGGGAGCUGAAACAUGCCCCAUGCCAAGCAACAUGUCUUCAGACAAGGACCAGGUCCCUUCUGGCCAGCAGUCCCCUACCAAAAAUGUGUUGAACGGAAGCCCUUCCAAGUGCCCGCGUUUCGCCAAAGUGAAGAACUGGGAAACUGGCUCUGUGCUGAACGAUACUUUGCACUUGAAGUGCUCCAUGGUGACCCCCUGCAGUGAACAGAUCUGCAUGGGCUCCAUCAUGAUGCCUUCUCAACACAUCCGCAAACCGGAAGAAGUCCGGACAAAGGAUCAGCUCCUCCUCCUCGCCAAAGAAUUCAUUGACCAGUAUUACUCCUCCAUCAAGAGGUCUGGCUCGAAAGCUCACAUGGAGAGGCUGGUGGAAGUCACCAAAGAGAUAGAAACUACGGACACUUACCAGCUGCGCGAUACGGAGCUGAUCUACGGAGCCAAGCACGCAUGGCGCAAUGCCUCUCGUUGCGUGGGGAGAAUCCAGUGGUCCAAACUGCAGGUGAGGGACUCACAAGUAACUCUCCUUUCAUCAGGAAUGUUAAACCCGUACCCCUUUUUCUCUUGUCCUCCUAGGUCUGCCAUCACCAUCUUCCCCCAGAGGACUGAUGGCAAACAUGACUUCCGAGUCUGGAACUCCCAACUCAUCCGUUAUGCUGGCUAUAAACAACCAGACGGUACCAUCUUGGGUGACCCAGCCAGUGUGGAGCUGACUGAGGUUGGUGCAUGA